CAGAUCAGUUGAUAACGUAAUCUUAAAGAGACGAUUUGUUUACAUCAUGGCGUCGGUGGAUUUCAGAGACAACCUUCUUGGGAUUUCCUGGGUGGACAGCGGCUGGGUGCCUAUUCUUAACCCUGGAAAUGUGCUGGACUAUUUCUCUGAGAGGAGCAACCCCUUUUAUGAUCGAACCUGUAAUAAUGAGGUAGUGAAGAUGCAGCGGCUUACUCUGGAGCAUCUGAAUCAGAUGGUGGGAGUGGAGUACAUUCUUCUUCAUGCUCAGGAGCCAAUUCUUUAUAUAAUCCGUAAACAACAGAGGCAGUCACCGACACAAUUGAUUCCCUUGGCUGACUACUACAUCAUAGCUGGAGUUGUGUAUCAAGCCCCAGAUCUGGGAACAGUAAUCAGCUCCAGAGUGCUUUCUGCUGUCCAUGGAAUCCAAUCUGCGUUUGACGAGGCCAUGUCAUAUUGUCGCUAUCACCCAUCCAAAGGAUACUGGUGGCAUUUCAAGGACCAGGAAGAGAGAGAAAAAGCCAAGCCUAAGACUAAGAAGAAAGAGGAGCCUAGUUCACUGUUUCAGAGGCACCGCGUAGACACUCUCCUUAUGGACCUCAGGUCAAAAUUUCCGCCAACUUUCUACCAGCCUAAGCCUGGCGAGAAGCCUAUUCCAGUUGAGGUGAAGAAGGAGCCUGAACCUCCCACAGAAGCUGUCAAACAAGAGGAGAGGGAGCCAGCCACAAAGUCCUCCGCUCCAGCUCCACCAAGCAAGCCGCCUCCUGAGAAGCGAGCAAGGCUACAGUGACAGCCGUUCCUCUCACACUCUGGAGAAAGACAGUGAACAGUCCUACAGCACUAACCAGAAGAACAGUUGAAGAUUUUCAGAAUUUCUCUUCAAGUUUCUAAAAUUGCAAGAUCAUCCACCACUCUGCUCAUUCGAUCAGUCGACAGGAUGCUGUGAACGACCGUGGCAGUUGUCUGUCUCAGUGCCAGGACUACUUUUAUACUGUAACCUUAGUCUUGUGCGCUUAAUAGGUUUGGCAUCAUGAACAUUUCAGGCAGCUGUACUACAAACAGGGGUUAACUGCAUGAUGUCAGCAGGCAUCUCGCAGCGUACGCUAAGGAUGUGGCUUUUUUUGAUGAUAAGCUGACAUCAGCAUCAGUGUCGGUUUACUGAUGACAUCAGCGUUAUGUUUGUGUUGUGGCGACUUCAGAGGACAGAUUCAUUCCCGCUCUGCUUUUACAGGAAAAUGUGUCACAAAUGUAUCAUCUUGUAUGAAAAGGCAGAGAGCUUCCUGACCGUAGCACCCUUAUUUGACUACAUACACUUUCAACUGCUUUCUGAAAGGAAUUCUCCACUUUAAUAUCUUGCUUUGUUUGUUUUUGUAUUAAAAGUAUCAGCUACUAUA